UUAUAAUGGCGGACUUCGAUUCUGGUAUGAGAGAAUCAAGAGAUAUUGAAAGCGGGGAUGUCAAAGUACCAGAAACUGCGCAUCAAAUUAGUCAAGAUUCAUGGCUACAAAUUGCUUUCAUACUUACCACCGGUAUAAACAGUGCGUAUGUAUUGGGAUAUUCCGGCACGGUUAUGGUUCCUUUAGGUUGGGUAGGAGGUUCAGUUGGUUUGGUUUUAGCAGCAGCUUUGUCGUUGUAUGCCAAUGUUCUUCUUGCCAAAAUCCAUGAGCUUGGUGGAAAGAGACAUAUCAGAUACAGAGAUCUUGCUGGCCAUAUCUAUGGAAAGAAUGCGUAUGCUCUUACAUGGGCAUUCCAGUACAUAAAUCUGUUCAUGAUUAAUACUGGUUAUAUCAUUCUAGCUGGUCAAGCUCUCAAGGCCAUGUACGUUCUUUUCAGGGAUGAUCACUUAAUGAAGCUCCCUUACUUCAUUGUUAUAGCUGGGUUUGUUUGCGCUUUGUUCGCCUUUGGUGUACCACAUCUAUCAGCUCUGAAGAUUUGGCUAGGAUUUUCAAAUUUCCUAAGUAUCAUAUACAUCGUCAUAGCAUUUAUAUUGGCGCUUAACGACGGGAAGAAGGCUUCACCUAGAGACUACAACAUUCCGGGUUCAACAGCAACCAAGAUUUUCUCCUGUAUCGGUGGAUUUGCAAAUCUCUUUUUCUCAUUCAAUACAGGAAUGCUUCCAGAGAUACAGGCAACAGUGAAACAGCCCGUGGUUGGCAACAUGGUGAAAGCUCUUGUCUUUCAGUUCACAAUCGGACUUGUACCUAUGUACGCCAUUACUUUAAUGGGAUACUGGGCUUACGGAAACGAAACAUCAGCAUACCUCCUAAACAAUGUCUCAGGUCCAGUAUGGUUGAAAGCAGUUGCCAACAUUUCAGCCUUUCUGCAGUCCGUCAUCGCUUUACAUAUAUUUGCGAGUCCAAUGUACGAAUACUUGGAUACAAAGUUUGGUCCAACUAAAGGAGGUGCAUUUUCUCUAAGCCAUAUCUCAUUCAGAGUUCUUGUACGAGGGGGUUACCUAACUAUAAACACCUUAGUGUCAGCUCUUCUACCUUUCCUCGGAGAUUUCAUGAGUUUAACUGGGGCCUUCAGCACAUUUCCACUCACAUUUAUCCUCGCCAAUCAUAUGUACCUAAUGGCGAAGAAGCAUAAGCUUUCAAUGCCACAAAAAUCUUGGCAUUGGCUCAAUAUCACAUUUUUUAGUGUAGUGUCUGUUGCUGCAGGGGUUUCAGCCGUGAGGCUAAUCCUAGCUGACUCCAAGACUUACAACAUUUUUGCGGAUCUCUAAAGACCAGACGAGCAGCGCCUUACGAUAUUCAUGACCAAUCGGAUCCUGACGUACCAGUAGGUAACAGAGGAGAUCGCUAUGAUCGUUAAUGUAUAGGUAUAGAAGAGAUGCGCCAAAGUGUUCGGAUCAUUACUAAAUCUAAUUCAGAUAUUCCGGCUGCUUAUGCUUCAGCGGAUUAAUGUUACUCGGGUUAUAAUUAUUUUUAUUUUUAUUGUGGAGUCAUUCUUCAAUAUGUAAUGUGCAAGGUCUAAUA